AUGUCUUUCCCCCUCUUUCACCAUUGGCCUACCCCCCUUUUAGGCCUAUCAUUGGCCUCGCACCGGCGCUCAGCAUUCCAACCAAGAGAUCAUCUUGAGAGUCUGAUCACGAAACACGGCUACCCCACACCUGUGUCACUCUCCUCCCUGCGAGAUCUGACAGCCACCUCGUCUACUUAUACUCCCCCUUCGCCACCUCGUCGGUCCCGUUAUCCGGAUACCAUUCCGAUCGACGGUUUUGACUCGCUUACCUUAUCCUCAUCCACGAGACCCAUUCCUAUCCCAAGACGCCCCGGUCCAGUAUACGAGGACCUUCCAGUGACACCACUCACCGGUCGAUUCGAUCACGACUCUUAUUUUGACGAUUGGGAACGUGCGUCUCAAUCCGCCAGGUCCCGACAAAUCCCUUCAAUCCGGCCUACCCGUCGCGGCCAGUAUCCAUCGCAGCCCCCACCAUCCUCGACAAGGAUGCGUUCUGAUAACUCACCUUAUUACUCCCCGGCUGCCUCGCCUAUCAUGUCUCCACGACGCUCACAUUCUCCCCAACCAACUCGCUCUCGGACCCAGAACCCAUCUAAGGCCAAGCAAACCCAAAACUUUCAUCUCGGCAGCCUGCCCCGGUUCCAUCCCGCCGUAUAUCAGUCGAGCAGUACUUCUCACAACGCCACUGCUGCCCAGCCUACAUCUCCUCGCCAAUCUCGGCAGUCUUCCUACCGCACUGCAGCCGGGUCACGCGACAUGGUGUGGCAGUACCGUGAGUUCAUCGAGGGCGUCCACCAAAAUCCGUCCGCGCCCCGUUUGGAUCCUCUGGUCAGCCCGGGCCCCGUCACGCCCCUGGCGCUAGAGGCUGGUGACUACCUCGCCCAUGGCUCGAUGAACAACACAUCCGAGCGGACUCCACGAGAUGUCCCAAAGAACUCCGGCCCUCCGGCUGAGCUGGUGGAGAAGCUCAUUGCCUAUGAAGAGAAGGCUCGGCAGAUGGCUCGAAAGUCCGCCAAGGGCCGGUAA